CGCUUCAUGCUUCCACUGCGCCCUCCCCCGUGACUCUUGUCCGGUUACUGGGGUCCUUCAGGGCUCCCCAGGUGAACACAAGGAUCACACCCACAAAGCCGGAGCAAAGGGGAUGACUGAAAGAAGCUGUGUGAUCCAGAAAAUCCGGCGGUUCUGACGGUGCUGUUCCAAGAGGCGCGCAGUCCUCCAAAAACAAUAUGAUGUCUGCUAUAGAGACUGGUGCCCCUGUGUACCAACCUGCACAGCUGCUCAACUGGGUCUACAUGUCUUUGCAAGACACUCAGAGCAGCACUUUUGAUGCUUUCAAAGCCGAGUCGGACACUUCUCCUCAGGACAUGAACAUCUCCAAGCGCAGCGCAGCUGACCUGAGUGCCAACUAUCUCAACAACUUCUUCCAUCUGAGGAGUGAGGCCUUGAACAACAAUUUCUACAAGAGCUCCUCUCCCUACGGGUCCCUCAACAAUAUCGUGGACGGCCUGAGCUCUCUGGCGGACCAUUUCUCAGACCUCUCCCUGUCCCCUGAGACACGCAAACCCAGCAAAAGGCCGCCGCCGAACUACCUGUGCCAUCUUUGCUUCAACAAAGGCCACUACAUCAAAGAUUGCCCUCAGGCUCGACCCAAAGGUGAAGGCCUGACCCCGUAUCAGGGAAAGAAGAGGUGUUUUGGUGAAUAUAAAUGCCCUAAAUGCAAGAGGAAGUGGAUGAGCGGGAACUCCUGGGCCAACAUGGGACAAGAAUGUAUCAAGUGCCACAUCAAUGUUUACCCUCAUAAGCAGCGGCCUCUGGAGAAACCAGACGGAUUAGACGUAUCGGACCAGAGCAAGGAGCAUCCGCAACACCUGUGUGAAAAAUGCAAAGUCCUCGGCUACUACUGCCGCCGCGUGCAAUAACACACUCGCCUUACAUACUCCUCCAAAUGUUUUAUAAAGAAAGGAGUUAUAUUUUAAUUACUAAAAAAUACAUAAUUAAAUUUAUUUUUACUGUAAUGCAUCUAAUGGUUUAUUCUCUUUGACACUGUGACUCUCGGUAUAAGAGGCUCAUUUUUCUACAGUAUCUCUCAGCGGAGAUGAGUACUUUGCAUUUGCUGGGUUCUUGUAACUUACUCAGUUAUCAUUAUGUGAAUAUUCAUUUGAAGACUUAACUAUGAAUCUUACCAACUGUGAAUUAAGAAACUUUAGCUCUGUGUCUGUCUUCACACACGUGUCCAACAUGUUGGAACAAAAUUGAAGUUUCCAGAUGAAGAUUCUCUUUUACAUGUUUGUAUAUUCCAGAAAUAACUUAAAUGAAAUGAUGUUUUUUUUCUGUAUAAAAUAUGCAACAAGUCUUUACUAAGAAUAAGCAGUAUUAGAGUGUAUCUGCAUUAUUAUUAUCUGUAUUAUCAGUACUGGAGGGUACAUAAUUUUUGGAUAUAUUUUUAAGCCAUUACUGUUUUGUUGAUUAUUAUACUUUAUGAAGGAAUAUAUUAGCCAACUAACAUGUAUUCUUUAAAAGCAUGUGCCUGUUAUUAAUUUCAUUCCAAAUUUUGAAGCAAUGCAAUGUGGUAGAAACAUUUUGUUUCCUUAAAAAUAGUAUAAAUUACAGCACGGUUAUAUUUUGGCACCCAGUGCUUAGAAAGACUCACCAAAGUGCUUUUUUUAAAAUGGGUCAGAGGUCGAAGUAUCUCAUAUGUAACAUGAGACAACAAAGGAGUUAAAAUGUGAACGUACCAAAGAUCAUGAAGGAUUAAGAGGGAGCUUGCAUGUGCAUGUUGAUUUAGAGGCGUUUUGUAUUUCAAUGAAAUUGUGAUAAACGAAUAAUGGAACAGAAAUACACACGACUGUUAACUGUUUAAAGGGAUAGUUCCGAUUUUUUGAAGUGGGGAUGUAUUAAGUACUUAUCCAUAGUCAGUGUAUUAGUUACAGUAGAUGGUGGUCAGCAAACAACCAGUUUAAAGAAGCAAGCAGGAGUACAGACACGAAAACUAAGUAAUGCAUUGCUGUGGAUGGGGACAGCAGCAAAAUGCAAAAAAUAUAUAUAAAUCAAUAUCAGUUUAAGUGUAUGCUAUAUUCACUGCUUUUCUUGCUGCGGUUUUAUGCU